AUGUCAUCGGAAGAGAAAUCAUCACUGAAUUUAAAAGUUACAGAUGUAGCAUCAUUAAGACCUGAACAAUGGACUUCAUCAUCAAAUGAUGCAUUGAAAUUAUUUGUUACUAAUAAAGAGGCGGCAGUUAAUUUUCAACCCACUUUUACAUAUCCAAUAUUUGGAGAUGCAGAAACUAUUUAUGGAUAUAAAGAUUUAAAUAUUUUCUUAUGUUUUGAUCAUUUUACAUUUAAGCCAUUUUUAAAUAUUAAAUAUACUGAAAAAUUAAAUGAUGAUCCAGAAAUUAUUGAUAUUAAAAAAACAAUUGAUGAAUAUUUACCAAAUCUGACAAUUUUUAAAGAUGAAGUUAAAUGGGUUGAUUCAAUUGAAGAAGAAAAGAAAAAUGGGUAUAAAAUUCCUGGAGAAUUAAUUGAUUCAUUUGAAUUAAAAGAUAAAGAAUAUGAAGUUUAUAAAAUUGAUUUGAAAUCUGAAAUUGGAUAUGAAUUACAUCAAAGAUUACAAAUCUUGGUCUUAUUAUUUAUUGAAGCUGGUUCUUUUAUUGAUGCCAAGGAUGAAUUAUGGAACUUGUAUGUUUUCUAUGAAAAGGGUAAUAGUAAAGAUAAUUCCGAACCAUCAAUUGUUGGAUUUACUACAGCUUAUAAUUACUGGAAAUAUCCUGGUGCUGAAAAAUUUGACUCAGCAAAUCAUGAAGUUAGAAUUAAAAUUUCGCAAUUUAUAAUAUUACCAAUGUAUCAAGGUCAAGGAUUGGGACAAUUGUUUUAUACUCAUUUAUUUAAUAAAUGGUUAAAAGACGAUAGUAUAAUUGAAGUUGUUAUUGAAGAUCCAAAUGAAAGUUUUGAUGAUUUGAGGGAUAGAGCAGAUUUGAAAAGAUUGAAUGAAGAUCCUGAAUUUGAUUUUAAUGAUGUAACUACUACGGUUGAUAAAAAUUGGAUUGAAAAAACCAGAAAGAGAUUAAAAUUGGAAAAGAGACAAUUUUCUAGAUUAUUAGAGAUUAUUUUGUUGUAUAAAUUGAAACAAGGUGGAUUUCCUGAUAUUACAAAGAAAGAUGUUAGACUAUUUAUUAAAAAGAGAUUGUAUGAUAAAAACAAGGAAGGUUUGGCUACAUUAGAUGAUAAUACCAAAAAGGAUAAAUUACAAACAGCUUAUCAAGCAUUAGAAGAAGAUUAUUAUAGAAUAUUGGGUGAAUUGAAAUUGAAUAUCAAACGUAAAUCCGAUAACGAUGAUGAUCUUGCAAACAAGAAGACAAAAACCUAG